AUAGCUGACUUAGCAAUCUAUGCGGUACUGAUAAUGCCCACCGUCUAUUGUGUUUGGAGACAUGCGCCACACGGCAUAGUUGGGUGGACUUAUCUGAUGAUGUUCUGUUCUCUGCGCAUCAUCAGCGGAGCUCUUUCAAUCUCCAACGGCAAGGGAGUCGCGCCCAAGAUCAUCUCAAGUAUUGCUCUAUCGCCACUUCUUCUUACUGCCACAGGAUUGCUUCACGAAGUGCGCGUUCGUGAAACCCCGCAGAUCGACGUCAAAGUCGAAUGGCUUAUCGUCCUGGUCGUCCAUACGAUUGUUGGUGCUGGUAUUGGUCUCACAGCUGUCGGUAUUUCUGGAAUAUCUAGCUCGAAUCGCUCUAGCAGCGACACGACAUUCAUCAAGAUUGGACUGGCUUUGUUAACAUCUUGCUGGGCAUUGGUACUUACCUGGGCGAUGUUCUCCUUGAGCGUUCUUGCUUAUCGCCGUAUCCUACUGUUCUCCACGGUCUUUGCCUCGCUUUGGAUAGGAGUUCGCGUCAUCUACACUCUAGUCGCUUUCAUUACAGAGAAGGUGUCUUUGGAUCCGAUUAUUGGUGAUAUGGCCAUUCGCGUUGUGCUUGGCCUGCUUCCCGAGGUUAUCGCUACGCUCUCAUUUCUUGUUGGAGGC